UGAAUUUGAAUAUCUAAAACAUUGGUUUCACUUUCAUAUUGCGAAAAAAAACUACGUAGUAUAAGUAAGAGCGAGUGUUAAUAAUCUCAUCAAUUCAUUACAUAUAUAGAUUCAAAUCAACCAUGUUGGGCCCACUCAAACUUGCUAUCUUAGCGUUUCUUAUGCUCACUGCUUCAGUAGAUGCAAAGUUACUACCAAGAAGCACGACAAAGAUAACGAAAGAAGAACUGUCAGCAGAAAUAGAAGCAAUGAUGGAAUUCAAGGAAGUUGAAAAUAAUUCAGUUAAUUCAAUAUUUGGAAAUGAGAAAAACAAUGUUAAAUUGUACAGGAAACUGAUGCAGUCACAAGACUCAGAGUGUAGUCCAUCAGGCCGGGUGUGUUCAGGGGGUGGACCUCCUCAACAGUGUUGCUCCGGUGCUUGUGUCCCUCAUCCUAGGCUUAAAGUUUUCGUAUGCGCAUAACUGUAUAAGAAUUACUCCCUCCGUCCCAAAUUAACCGUCAUUGCCAGUUUAAAUGUGUAAAUUGAACUAGUAACGUGAUAACUAAAUAUGGUCGGAGUUUGUAAUAAAUUAGGGUGUAGGGAGAAAUGUGGCACAUUAAUUGUAAGAGUUUGCUACUUGUGUAGUGGUGUAAUGUCGUAUAUCAGAGUACUAUAACCAAAACAAGUUGGUGGAAUUGUUGGAGAACUCACCUUAUGGCUUGGAAGUCACAGGGUUGACUCCAUCAGUUGUGAAAUGCUUAGGAGUUAUCAAAUGUAGACUUGCGUAGCUGGACUGGUUAACUUUUGAUAAGAGUUAGUUCUAUAUGAUCCCUUUCUUUCAUAUAUAUAUAUAUAUAUAUAUAGGGGAGGGAUCCGGUGAGAACACCUCCUUAUGUAAGAACACUUCUUAUGGUGAGAACACUUUUACACUCUCUAUGUUCUAUAUUUGUUCAACAAUGUUCUAAAUUUUCAAA